AUGUUCGACAUCACAAAACGUCUACAGCAGGCUAGCCAGGCGGCAAAUCCACAGGAACAUCUGGAAGAAGAGCAUGUCAAAGCCGGUCGAAAUGCUGAAAUCUCGUUGGCAUCUUCUUUGCGCCUGAAAAGUGGACUUGACAAAACUUCGCUGUUUUGUUGCCUGAGAAUUCCAGACAAGUAUAAAGCUAGGAAGAGAGAGAUUGAUGUCGUUGUGGUCAAUGGUGAUGGGAUCUUUUGCAUCGAGGUGAAAUGUUGGAGUGGUUCUGUAGCGUGCAGCGAUGAUAAAUCAAAGUGGAUACAGACAAAAACACGACAGGUCUCGACUACCUCCUUUUCGACCAACCACAUUGAACACGAAAAUAGUGUCACGGAGACUCAAAACAAAGCACGUUUGCUAAGAGAUCAUCUAAGCAGGCAAGAUAUUUUCGUUGCAGAGAAGUUAUUUCGCAGUCGAGUUGUAUUCUGCAACUCAAACGUUGAACUGGACGAUACAAUUUCGAACGAUCCCGCGGUUGUAAAACCGGGCGACCAUGACAAAUUCAUUCAAAGCUUUAGCCGGGGCUACUUAGAAAGUUUGCAAGACGCUAUUGUUCCUUCUUGGGCUUCAGGCAGGCUGUCCUACUCGCAGUUAAGCCAGAUAAAAGCUGUGCUUUCCUCGACAAGCACUUGGGAUGUGAUACAAUUAAACGGAGGAAAGCAACUCUACGGUGAUUUCAAAGAAUGCCCUGGGGUUUCCCUCGAUCGACAGAAAUGUGAAGCACUAGUGUUUUCGCAUCAGAGGAAUCGUGCCUUAAGUAUGACUUGGGCUUUGCUUGGAUACAGUCCGCAAGUUUCGGUCUCUUUGCUGGAGCGAGGUGGAGCUGGUUGGUUAUGGGAUGUAUAUUACGCUUCUUUGAAAAUUCCCCACAAUACGGACGUUGUUUUUCGCAUUUGCGGAGAAGAAAUGGACUCGAAGAUACCAGCGAACGACAUUGAGCGUAUAGUAAUCAGCAUCUGA